GCUUCUUUGUCCCACACCUCUGCAAAGGAAUGAAGCAACAGAAACUGUCUGUCACAGCAUUGCAUAACUUCAGAACUGUCUUUUGUGUAAGUUAACAUCAUACUCUGAAAGUUGCAUAAAUGGGAGGUGUUUAAGUAUGAUAAUUUGAUGAAGUGCAUUUGCAAAUCAGACAAAUUGUGCAAGAAUAUAAAGCUCUCUUCCCAUCACCAACCCCUAUCUCCAGGCAGGUAGGUGCAAGUGAAUACCGAUCACCAUCAGCAAGCCUGAACGGAGAGGAUUGAACCAGCACUGAAAAUUCAUUCUCACCACAACCACAACAGGAGGUUUCGCUGUUAACGUCAAAGUUUGGAGCGUCUACGAAAAUGGGAUUGAAAUCUCAUGUAAUUGUCUUCAUUUUCUGCUUGUACUUGUUCAGUCUAUCAACAGUGUUUUCUCAUGGACGUAACAAAGGCCAAAGAGAGAAGUCAAGCCGAUGUCGUGGAUGGGAAGAGGAUCUAAGAAGCAACCUCACUGCUGCAGGAAAUAUCACCGAAUUUCUUGAAAGCUUCAAUGACUCCAUAAGCACUCUGAGUCCAGGCUGUGUCCAAUCAUUCAGUCUUAAUGUUAGUUACUACAACCUGGUGAAACUAAUGAUGGUCUUAAAUGAAGAAUAUGAUGACCUUAUUCCUGGUACCAGGAAGCAGAUUUAUAAGUGGGUGGAAGAUAUUUACACAAAAUCAUCAGGACCGUAUGGAAUGAACACCAUGGACUCAUCCAGUGGUGAGGGUUCAAAGCCUAAUGGUGGCAAAGAUAAAGGUAAAAGGAAGGGUAAGGAUAAGGGUAAAGGUAGUUGGAUCACCCUCGAUGUGUUGAACAUACUUGGUCGAUUCAUUGUCCAAGCACCUACCUCCACUUUCAAGGGCAUUGCACGAGGUGAAACUAGCACGAUAUGCCAGCUUUUCAACUCUUCAUCCGACCUUUUGGACAAGCUCUUUGAUCUCAAACCAGUGCAAGCUCGCAUUCUCAUCGAAGGACUUAAUGCAUGUGGCAACGUUAACAUCAGUGAAGAUGCAACAAUUGCCAAGCUUGGUCAACUGGCAUGUUUCUACCCUGUCAAGCAACUGAAUAUGCUUAAUACGAUGGCAUUAAAGAGUUUGCAGACCCAAUUGCUCAACUGUACAAGGAACUUAAAGGAGAUCUAUCGGGUGCUUGUGGCAAAUGUUAAUGUCAAUGAUUUGACUGCUGAGAAAGUAAAAGAACUAGGAGCUUUAGUGGUUGGAUUGAAAAUCAGUCAAGUGUCCAACAUCUCCAAAGAAGCCAUUGAAGGUGCUCUUAGUGAACUGAAGGAUGUCAAGGGAUGGUCCAAAGGUCAAAUCAAGGUUCUUGUCAAAAAGUACAACGAAAUAAAAGAAGUCACUGUUAAACGGUUAAAAGAUCUAGGUGUUCUCACCUCUGGUCUUGGAGCAAAGUCAUUUGGCAAGUUCAACGGUCAGGAGCUUCUGGAUGCUUUUUCUCAAAGGGAUGUGGCAGAGUCUUCAAACGUCAUGUUGCCGGUGCAGAAGAAGUCGAUCAUGAAAGCGAUCUUGGACUCAGUGCAAAUUGAUUUCGUUCUGCAAUCACUUCCCGAAUCACUGGUGCCACAGAUUCCAACAGGCAAUUUGGAACAGGCUGGCAACAUCAGUCUAGAAUUCUUGAGCAAAGACAAGCCUUGGAACCUGGGUCAGUCUGUUGCUCUAAUUAAUCGUGUUAAAUACCAACUCAACAAAGCCCAAGUUAUCAGUAAACUGAAGACUGCUGUCAAAGGUAUUCCGUGUACUCUCAUUCGCUCACUGAACCCUGAUGUGGUGAAUGCCCUAGCAAAUAACCCACAUGUUUCCAUUGAUCAGAUUCGCUGUGCUGCUAGUGAGUUCUUUAAUGAAAAGAAAAUCAUUCCAGGAAAUUACUUCAGAAGCCUCACGAAGGCAGGCAUUAAUGAGAUCCUGGCCUCAUACUUGAUUUUUGAGCCGACUAUUCCGGAACUGAGGGAGAUUCCAACGCCUCUGUGCUCCAAUAUCGUUGAUCUGAUCAGCCAGGCCAAUAUAUCAGGGUUGCCCCUAAUGUCAGACAGACGUAGAGAUCUUUUCAAAUAUGCCAUGGAAUGUCUGAAACUGACUGUUUCCUCAUUGACUGAAGACCAAGGUGCCAGCUUGGGAUCCUUAGUCUGUGAAUUCAACGCUGAAGAAAUUAAAACCUUGAAUAAAACUGUCUUCCUUGCACUAAUUCCUCAACUCCGUGAAUGUGGGCGGUUCACUAAAGAGCAACAAAAAGCUCUCAGAGAAAUGAUCGUGUUUGCCUUUCCGACUCCCUCAGCCUGGACAGUGGAUGAAUUAACUCUCUUGGAUGUCUUGCUAACGGUUCUAUCUCACGAUGAUUUUAUAUCAAUCCCCAGUAAUGAUGACAUCAAAGUAGCUCUUGAGCAAAUCCUUUCUACGCACAAGCCUCGUCUAUAUAAGGCAUCCAAGUUCUCUUCACUUUAUUGGAAGUUCUUCGAUAUCGUGACCAAGAAGAUAGCGUCCAACCGGAAAAAACGGGCAUCAGACUGUACAGUGACCCCAACCUUCAUGCAAAUUGAAGCUCUCGGUGAAGCAAACAGUUUGUGGACUGUGGAACAGUUGGGUUGCAUUUCAGUUGAAGACUUUAUAAAUUCUCUGGACACACUGACUGAGGUCACAAGAUUCAGCACUAAACAGCUGGAAGCUUUAAAAGCAAAGGCUAUGCAGGCCUUUGGCAUGAAUAUCAACAAUGAACAGCUUGCUUCACUGGAGAGGAUCACACUUGGAUUUAAUGAUGAGGAAGUCAAGAAAUAUUUCACUAAACCCGACAUUGAUACCGUUGGUGCAAUCUCAAAUUACAUGGAGUGGUCCGGUAGUGAGUUUGCCUCACGGGCCAACACAAUAGUGAAGAACUUCAUGAAUGGUCGUGCAUAUAGUAAUCUCAGCAGCACGGAACUGGUUGGACUGGGUUACUUCAUUUGCACUGCUCAACCAUAUCAGAUCAUUUCCAUUACUUCCUACAGAUCUGCAGCCAGGGAUAUUGGGAACAAAGUGUGUCUGAGAGAAGAGGCACGCACUGCUUUGAAGGUCAAAGCAGUCCAGACGUUUCCCAAUAUAAAAAGCUGGACUGGAGCACAGCUACAGGAGAUAGGAUUUGUAGCCGCUGGGUUGACUGCAGAAGAAGUACCCGAGCUGAGCACAUCUGCUGUUUCGUACCUGACACCAUAUGCUGUCUCCUUCUUCCCUCCUAACGUUUUUUCGGCUAUGUCUUCAGAGCAGUUGAGGAACUUGGGGCCAGAAAAUUAUGGUGCUGUAUCUAAAGCACAGAAAGCAGCAUUGUCACAGGUGCAGUUGGAUGCCUUGAAUGAAAAUAUUGGAAGCAUGAAUGGUGCAGGCACUAUUUACUGGAAUCCGGUGAUCAUGUUGACCCUUCUGGUUCUCAGCUUGACAGUGACACUCCAUUAACUUGUGAAUUGAAGAACUGGAAAAGUUUCAGUUGCUCGGCAAUGCAUCAAGAAAAACAACACAUACAAUCACCCAUUGAAAUUUCAGGUUAAAUUUACAAACUGCAAGAUAAUUGGAUCACCUUGAAAAAUGUUGCAGGGCAAGAGAUGGAAUUUCUCCCGUAAUCCACCAAAAAUGAACAUAUUGAAUAACACAACAUGUGAGCAACACCGAAUUAAUUCUAAAAGGCUCUGCUCAAACCAUGCAAGAAACAAAUGAAAACUAUUGAAUGGAAAUGGUGCAUUCCAGUUAAUGCAUUCAACAUCCGAUAUGCAGGAUAUUUUUUAUUUGCAAGUGCAUUAUAAUCAGCUGAUAUUAAAUAAAAUCAUAGGAAUGGAACCACUCAAAGUUCAUGGUCAUUGUUGGACAGAGUGCAUUAUCUAAAUAGGAAAUUAAUGCCAUUUAAUCCGGGUGAAUUUCUCAACUAAUUUUUAUUGCCUGAAGGAUUUGAAUAACCAUUUCUUUCACCCUUGUGUUUUUUUCCACUAAAUGACUGGAUGUUUUUAUUCUCUCUGUUUGGUUUUGUUUUCAAGAGAGAACACAACACUGCUGUGCUGGGACAGGGAUAAAUUUGUGCAUGCUGGGGGAAAGAGGGUGGGUGUGGCUGAUGGGGGAAAACACUGAUGUCUAAUCAGAAUGUCUCAUCUAUAAUAGACACAAAAUGCUGGAGUAACUCAGCGGGACAGGCAGCAUCUCUGGAGAGAUGAAUGGGUGACGUGUCGAGACCAUUCUCGAUCUGUCCCCUAUGUCUAAUCUAUAGAUUGUGCAUCUAGAGAAAGCUUGAUAGAUCACCUGUCCAAUGUUACCCAGAAUUUUGCAACAAUCUAAAAUUAUCAGAAUGUUUUUUUAAUGUUUUUUUUCAAUAUGAGGUUAGCCUGUGUAUGCAUGUAUGGUGAAGAUUGAUUUUCUCCAUUGAUUAAAUGAUAAUACAUCUGACCCUUAUGAAGCUUGGAUUGCGUGAUUCAGAUCAGAGUUGAACAUAUUAUUUAGCAUUGUUUGAUAGGCUGACAGGGAAAUAAAUGUAGAUUUUUUUUUAGUAACUUUAGUUCUUCACUCUACCUGCCUACCAAAGAGGUCCAGUCUAGCCACUGGCUACGCCACCUGUGUGCCAUUUAUUCCACUUUAAUGUCUAGAGCAUUCUCAACAGAAUAGAAAAUAUCAUCUAUCCUGUGCAAGUCCUGUUGCCAUGUAUGGUGAAUUUGUAUAAUGGCAUGCUAUCUGGUAUUUGGCUAAUAUUAGCCUAAUUUAAAUAGCUGGUGAAAACCUCCAUCAAAAUACUGGACAAAGGAUUGAUAUAUAAAAAAUGUGACUUUCAGCCAGUCAUCCAGCCACUGAAAUAUUCAACCACCAUUAUGUUGCCAAAUAAUGAAAAUCCAGGUACAUGCUUAUAAUGUUAAUUAUAAUGCAAAAUGACAACAUUGAUAAGAGCAGAUUGCACCAGGAUAAUCUUUUGUUAAAACAAUGUAGACUGUGCUUUCAAUGUAGGUUUAGGUAAGGAACACAAUUCACAAGUGGUGACUCCUAAGGGCUAAAUAAAUUUGUAUAUUAAUUUUCACUCGUGUUUGUGUUUGCAGAAUGUGUUUUAUGCCUAGACAGGGGACAAGUAUUUUUUAAAUGACCUGAAUGGAAUGUUUAUUUAGUUUGAUAUUUGUGUAUAUAAAUGAUCAAAGGCCUAGUGUCUGCUCAAUAAUGGAUUCAUGUUUAAACCUUCAGUCUAAGGAAGUAAUUGCCUUAACCUUUGAAGUGGAGCCACUUUUGGCCUUUUGUCUGCUUAAUGUUCUUAGAGAAAAAUAAUUUCAAAAGACAGGAAAAUAUUUCAACGUGACCAUAUUAUUUCAUAUACUUAAGCAGAAGUUCUUGUGCCACUCCUUUGUCAUAGUAUAGUUUAAUAACAGUAAUUGGGAUAACAAAUUCUGUUGUACAAAUUAUGAGAUAUUAUUGCAUAAAAUAUUUUCAGCUAUUAAUUUCAUGGGCCACGCACAUUGCUUAAUGUUUUUAUUCAAUUGUGAUCAUAAGUACAUUUGUGUCUCCUAAAAAAUAAAGAUUUGGACUUGAAGAUUA